UGCAGAGCCAUUCAUUAAGGAUUAAAAAAUUGCAGGGCGUGGAAGCAAAAACCGUUCCACUUGUUUCGGGCUUUUUGUUUUUGGUCCUUAAAACUUCAAUUUCGAAGGGGAAAUCCAGCGAGCGAAGGGCGAGAGAAGGAAGAGAAAGCGGAGCAAUCAGCAGCCCUCCUUUCUCGUCGCAAGAUUAGAUUUUGAUAGCCUGAGAAAUAUGCAGCCAUCCUUCCUCGUCGCGAGAUUAGAUUUUGAUGGCCAGAGAAAUAUGGCCGAUAAAUACACGCUUGCUGAGUUCCUUGAUGUCGCCGUGGAUGCCGCAAAGAACGCCGGGGAGGUCAUUCGCAGAGGAUUUUACCAGACCAAGCAUGUGGAACACAAAGGACUGGUGGAUUUAGUGACAGAAACUGACAAAGAAUGUGAAGAACUUAUUUUUAGUCACAUCAAGAAGCAUUUCCCUACUCAUAAAUUUAUUGGCGAAGAGACGUCCGCUGUUUUGGGUACUUCUGAGUUAACUGAUGAUCCGACAUGGAUUGUGGAUCCACUUGAUGGAACUACAAAUUUUGUUCAUGGGUUCCCUUUUGUUUGUGUCUCUAUUGGCCUCACCAUUAAUAAGGUCCUUAUUUUGGGAGUUGUAUACAAUCCGAUAAUUGAUGAGCUUUUUACUGGUAUUCGUGGACAUGGUGCUUUCCUCAAUGGUAAUCCCAUAAAAGCAUCAUCUCAAACUGAGUUAUUGAAGUCCCUUCUUGCAACUGAGGUUGGAACAACACGUGAUAAGCCCACUGUAGAUGCUACAACAAACAGAAUCAACAGCCUCCUCUUUAAGGUGAGAUCCCUUAGGAUGGAUGGCUCCUGUGCAUUGAACCUUUGUAGUGUUGCUUGUGGUAGGAUUGACAUCUUCUAUGAACUCGGGUUUGGCGGUCCUUGGGAUGUUGCCGGCGGGGCUAUCAUUCUUCAAGAAGCCGGAGGACUCAUUUUCGACCCGCAUGGAGGGGAUUUUGACAUCAUGUCAAGGAGAGUGGCUGCAUCAAACGGCCAUCUGAAGGAUCUAUUUGUUGGUGCUUUGAGGGAAGCAGAAGGAAACGGCCCUUAAUAAUUCCAGCAGGCCAACAAUGUCUGAAUCUCCCAGUCUGAAGAAAAUGUCCAGCUUCUCUCGCAUUUAAAUUUAUCAAAAUACACAUUGUUCCUCUUAAGUUAUCCCUCUUUCAUUCAACCGAUCCGAAUUCUGAUGAAAUAUCAUUUUUAUUUUUAUUUUUAUCAUGUAUUAGCUGCCUAUGUUGGCUUCCCUGCCUUGUUUUUGGACUCCAAAUGUUGAUUAUGACAAAUGUAUACAAAUAUAUAUUCUU